AUUUUAGGAUAACGUAUUUUAACAGGGAUUCUAAAUAUGUGCAAACAUUUUGUUGCUCUGGGUUGGGCUUCGGUAUGUCUUCAAUGGCUUUUAGUGUUGCCUAAUGCAGCAGCUGAAAGCGGCAACAAUGAAAUGAGCAACACCACUAUCAAGAGCGACACAAAUUCGGUUCAAAAUAUUGCUGCUACUCAAGUUGACAAUACCAGCACUAAUGCUAACGAUAACAAUAGCACUGGCAACAUCAGCAGAAGCAACAAUAAUAAUAACAACAACGACAACCACAACCACAGUAAUCCGCACUUCAAAUCAAAUCGAACGACAAUUGUGCAUUUAUUUGAAUGGAAAUUUUUGGAUGUUGCUGAGGAAUGCAUAAAUUUUCUGGGUCCGAAUGGAUAUGCCGGCGUACAAUUGUCACCCGUCACGGAGCAUUUGGUUGUGCGUACUGCAAGGUAUAGUCAUCCCUGGUGGGAGCGCUAUCAACCUAUUUCAUACAAGAUAGCAACACGUUCCGGUAGUGAAGAUGAAUUCCUGAAAAUGACGCGUGCCUGCAAUGCAGUCGGUGUACGUAUCUACGUGGAUGUAGUGCUGAAUCAUAUGGCUGCAAAUAAAUACAACCCCACCGACAGUAGUCACAGGAAUACGAGUAACACUAAAGAUAAAACAAACGAGUCCAAUGGCACCUUUCCAUUGUUGGGAAAUGCCGGCAGUAAGGCAAAUGCCAACACUUUUGACUAUCCAAGUGUACCAUAUAAAGUUAAGGAUUUUCACAAAGCAUGCAUGCUAGAAAAUUAUCAGGAUGCACAUGAGGUGCGUAAUUGUCAGUUGGAUGGACAACCGGAUUUGGAUCAUUCAAUUGCUAAUGUGCAAGUUCGUAUUGUUGAAUUCUUAAAUAAAUUGGUGGACUUGGGUGUGGCAGGAUUUCGUGUUGAUGCAGCAAAACAUAUGUGGCCAAUUGAUAUAAAGCAUAUGGUCAAUAAUGUAAAAAAUUUAAAUAGUGAAGACUUUGAUUUUGCAAUGGGAGCAAGACCAUUCUUUUAUCUCGAUGUUGCUGAUGUUGGUCUUGAUGCAGUAUCGAAAACUGAGUACACCUCUUAUGGUGUCGUUUCAGAGUAUUUAUAUCCGUUUGAGCUAUCGCAAAUCCUAAAUCAUAGAUCAACGUUAAGUGCUCUCAUCAAUUGGGGUCCCGCUAUGGGAUUUCUAUCGCAUCAACAUGCUCUAGUCUUUGUUGACAGCCACGAUACACAACGCGGAUUAUGUGAUUUCGGCCACAAACAUGUAUUGACAUAUAAACAGAAACGCAGUUAUGUUAUGGCUAAUUUAUUUAUGUUAGCACAUCCUUAUGGUUACAUUAAGCGGAUUAUGAGCUCAUAUCGUUAUGAUAGCGGCGAACUCGAUCAAGGACCGCCAAGCAUGCAGCCGCGCACAAAUGACGACAACAUACAAACGCCGAAGUUUGAUAGAAAUGCACAAUGCACGCCAGAGUCAGGUUGGAUAUGUGAACAUCGCUGGCCUGCAAUAGUUAACAUGAUUGCAUUAGUGAAUAGCUUAAAUGCCAUACAGGACAUUAUCAUUAAUUUUCAGACAGACGGACCGAAUCAUGUAGCCUUUUGUCGUGGCCAUAAAGCAUUCAUAGCCAUCAAUAAUGAUCCCGUUCUGGCAUAUGAACGUGACGUGUACACCUGUCUGCAGCCAGGCAUUUACUGCGAUGUUAUUAGUGGCGGCGUGAGUGAGGGAAAGUGUGGUGGUAAACAAAUUGUGGUCAAUGCGGAGGGUAUAGCUAACAUAAUGUUGCCAGCCAUUGUAGUAAAUGAAAAUGCGACCUCAAAUGCUAGCGAUGCAGCAAAUGAUGCAAAUGAAGUUGCUGAUUAUGGCGUGAUUGCAAUUUAUGUCGGUUCAAAAUUGCCACAGACUGAUGAAAAUGCAAGCAUAGCAACAAGCACAAGUGGAAAUGUUGCAACAAAGAGCGGCUACAAUGCAAUUGAAUUAAAUCAAGUAACAACCGUUUCAACUCAAACCAAUGAUAUCACAACCACUAAGUUACCCACUGAAGUAAGUACUCAGAAGAGCAGCUCACCUAGUUCACCUAUAGCAGACACAGCCACAGACACAGCAACAACAACACAUUCGUCCAGUGAUGUUGAAGAUGACGACUCCGUUGUGAAUGCACACUCAGAUGUAGAAAUUCAGACCACAAGUUCAUUAUUUGAUGAUAUAAAGGAAAGUACUAGUAGCCCCACUGACACGGAAAAGAGAUCAACUACGUGGCAUGAGGAAAAGCAAGUCAAACACCAUUGGGAAAAGUGAAACGAAGAAUGGUACAAGUCUUGAUUCAACAGGGAUUUAGUAAAUAACAGUUAAAAGUAGCUUGUAUUUUUAAGUAUUUAUGAUUUAUUCAA